CCGCCCACCGUUGUAACUAAUGGCAACCAAACAAUCCCGCUGCUACACGAGAAGGAGUUCAAGAUAACAUGUUUUAAACUAAAGAUAUUUUGUACAUCAACUUUCACCCUAUCAUUAAUGAAGCUAUCCAAAGAUCAAAUAUGGGACACAAAAGAACGAAGAGUGCAACAAGCAGUGCAGGAAGUAAGGGAAAAAAUAAAGGUCACCCUGACGAUAUCCUCCCCAUGGUCCUGACAUCAGCCACCCAGGAGCUCUUUGGCUGCCGCGCUGAUGAGGAUGUCACAGGGGAGAGUCCUUACAAGCUGCUGAGAAAAGACGACAUCGUACAGGACAUUAAAACAAGAGCCGCGGCAUCCGAUUUCAGCCCUGUGAAGCAGAUUGUGCUGGAUUACCCAGAGGAGGAGAUGUUGCUGGUGUUUGACAAAGACCUCACAUAUGGCCAGAGUUUCUACCUGGCGCUGACACCAGAAGCCAGGGACAGAAUAUUUAAGCCUGAAACACUAGAAGUGUCUGAGAAUGAAGUCGAUAAAAGCUCAGAACCGAAGCACUGGAUAUCUCUUGGCAGUGAGCAGGAAAUAGAUGAAGAAUCCGCCAAGGAGACAAGAAAAAAGCUGUGGUACAGGUUCUCGAGAGUACGGAGGAAGUUUGGAGCACCGGUCUGUUUUUCUGACCGCAACACUGCAGAUGCCAAGGAUAGCCACCUGAAGUGUGCUUCCUACCAAGACAGCAGAUUCAGCAUCAAGCAGAUGCAGAGGGACUGCGGGAUGCAGGCUGUUCCCAGGCUACAGAGCAGCAGUGCUCAGACAGAGUGGAAGUUUCGGAAGAAUUUCUUUACCCAGUACAAGCCAAGAGAGUUAAACAAGGAGGAAAUAGAAGACAUCCUCCAGGCUGAGGGUCUGAAGAACUUUUGCAACUUGGUGACCCCCAGAGUUUUGCUGGCCCUUCAGCAGGAGGAGGUUAUGAAUGUGUUCUUUGACGACUGGAAAGUUCUCGGAGCAGGAGCCGAAGCGGGUGACUGGUCUGGGAAGGUUUCCGAAGGCCUGGUGCUUCAUCAGGCCUUCUCAGACCAGAAGUACGCUAAGGACAAGAAAAUCAGCAGCAUCAACUGGCACCCGACCAUUCUAGGUGUGCUAGCUGUGGCUUUGACGGACAAAAAGGAGAAUCAGCUGGAUGAGUCUGUUACGUUUAUCCUCAAACGGGCUUUCAUUGUCUUCUACAGCUUCGCUGACCCCGCUAAUCCCCAGUUGGUCCUGGAGUGCCCAGAUGAUAUUUUAUCCUUUGAGUUCUGCCCCUCUAAUCCAAAUAUUAUUGCUGGCGGCUGCAUUAAUGGCCAGGUUGUGUUAUGGGACAUUUCCGCUCACGUCACAUGCUUACAAGGAACACAGACCGGUGGUAAAAAGGUCUCCGUCGACACUGACUCAUUCGACCUGGAGGACAACAAAGAGACCGAGGCUCCCGUUGUGCGCUACUGUGCAGUGUCUGCCUUAGAAAGCAGCCACAAAUUCCCAAUUACCGAUAUCCAGUGGCUGCCGCAAACAUUUGAGGUGACCAGGACGGGUUUACCAGUGGAGAACAAGGACAAAGUUUCUGUUCAGAUUGUUACCUGCUCCCCUGACUGCUCUGUAUUGUUCUGGGAUGUGCGAAUGCCAAAACUGCUGAGUCAGUCACUGUCGGACAGGAAGCAGAAUGCGGAUCAGAAGACCCAGGUGACACCUUUCAUCAUCCCUGAAACUUUCAAACACCUGGACAGGACGUGGAAACCACUGUUCAAGGUUUCUCUUCCAAAGAUCGAUACUAGUGGAGAAUACGCUCCUUUGAAGUUCAGCUUCGAACAUUACACCUGUAAUGUGAAGACAGAAAAAGAUGAUGAAGAUGACAGCACAGAAGUCGUCCCAGACUACAGCCAGCUCAGGACAACCUCGGCCAGAAUACUCGCCCCUCUGGAAGAUGUCAACACCCACCUCUAUGUUGGAACAGAGGAUGGGGAGUUAGUUUACACCGACUGGAAACUGGAGAAAGACGACUCUGGACGGCUGUUCAGUGCCAAACCCCUCCUCUGUUUUAAUCCUCACCACUGGUUGGUGACUACAAUCAAACGAUCGCCUUUCUUCAAAGACAUUAUUUUGACAACAGGAGGCUGGAAUUUCGCCAUCUGGAAGGAAGGAAUCAUGGACGGCCCUAUCUUUGUGUCCCCAAGCUCUGAGACGGAGUGCACCGUGGGCUGCUGGUCUCCGUCCCGGCCAGCUGUUUUCUUCAUCGGCAAAGAAGAUGGCAGCAUUGAGGUGUGGAACCUGCUGCAGAACACCAGUGAACCGGCACAGGUCUACGCACACAUCUCCAAUGUCAGGAUCUCUUGCAUCGAAUCCUGGACUGCUGGCCCCAAGCAGUACUUCCUGGCUGUGACUGAUGACCUCGGAACGCUCCGUGUUUUCGAAAUACCGAAAACCCUCUACAUUCCUGUCAGGAAAGAGCGUUUGAGUGUGCAGACAUUCUUUGAACUGCAGAAAGACAGGCUGGAUGAUUAUUUGAUGAGGACUGAACAGUGGGCGAAAGAGAAAAGGGAAGUGAAAAAGGAGGCAGAGGAACUGAAGAAGAAAACGGAGCCUGACAAGCCGGUGAAAUCCCUGCAGAAAAGCGAAGAAGAGACCAGGAAGGAGUACAGCGAUUACGUGGCGCUAGAGGAAAGCACUCUGAAGGGUAUAGGCCUGUGGAAAAACACACAGGAUGACUGACAUCGCACACAUUCACACAUACACUUCUGUUUUCUACAAUUUAUUUAUUGAUUUAAAUAAAUUUCUGCAUAAAAAUUUUA